UUGAGAACAAGAUGAAGAAGCUUUCUCUUUAUGCUUGCUUACUCAACUUGAGUCUUUUGGUUAUUUUUCCCCAGGGAAAAGCAAAUCAUCAGGCUGAUAAACUUGAUGACCUUAUUCUUUCCAAGAGCUCACAAAAUCGUCCUAUGACAUUUUCUUGGGAAGAGGAAGAUGCAUUGAAAACAUAUUCUAAUGCAGCUUAUGUUGCACCCCAAGAGGGGCUAAUGCAGGGUGAUAAGAUUGUGGCAUUGCCUGGCCAGCCCUAUGGGGUGAAUUUUGACCAAUAUGCAGGCUAUGUCACUGUUGAUGCAGAAGCUGGAAGAGAGCUUUUCUAUUAUUUUGUGGAGUCUCCAUAUUCCCCUAAAACUAAACCUUUGGUCUUGUGGCUUAAUGGAGGACCUGGUUGUUCCUCACUGGGGUAUGGGGCCUUUCAAGAGCUAGGACCCUUCAGAAUCAACCCUGAUGGCAAAACUCUGUAUCGUAACCAAUAUGCCUGGAAUGAAGUGGCAAAUGUGCUUUUCCUGGAAUCUCCUGCGGUAGUAGGCUUUUCCUACUCAAACACUACUUCAGACUAUGACAAAGCAGGAGAUAAAGCUACUUCCAUUGAUGCCUAUGCAUUCCUCAUCAACUGGCUAGAGAGGUUUCCACAGUACAAAACCAGGGAUUUUUACAUAACCGGAGAGAGCUAUGCUGGUCACUAUGUGCCUCAGCUUGCAUACACUAUUAUAGUCAACAAUAAAUUACAUCAACAAACCAUUAUUAACCUCAAAGGCAUUGUUAUAGGGAAUGCUUGGAUUGAUGAUGCUACCGGUUCAAAGGGAUUGUAUGAUUACUUUUGGACUCAUGCUUUGAACUCAGAUCAAACCCAUGAGUUGAUUGAGAAGUACUGCGACUUUGCUUCUGAAAAUCCUUCAUCAUCAAUAUGCAUCAAUGCGCGGCGAAGAGCCUUAAUUGAGAAAGGAAACAUAGACUUCUAUAACAUCUAUGCACCACUGUGUCAUGACCCUUCUCUGAAAAAUGGAACAACUGGUUCUGUGUACGAUUUUGACCCAUGUUCUGAUUACUAUGGUAUUGCCUAUCUAAAUAGGCCAGAGGUUCAAUUGGCUCUUCAUGCAAAACCAACAAAUUGGACCCAUUGCGGUGGUUCUGUUUGGAAUGAUAGCCCCAUUACCAUCCUCCCCAUCAUCGAGUAUCUCAUAGCCAGUGACAUUAACUUGUGGAUAUACAGUGGUGAUACAGAUGCAAGGGUGCCUGUAACAUCCUCCAGAUAUGCAAUCAACAUCCUGAAGCUCUCUAUCCAGGAACCUUGGCGUCCAUGGUAUUCUGGAAGUGAGAUUGGAGGAUAUGUGGUGGGAUACAAAGGGCUGAAAUUUGUGACAGUGAGAGGUGCAGGACAUCUGGUUCCAAGUUGGCAACCAGCACGGGCUCUCACUAUGAUAGUCUCAUUCCUCACUGAAAGCAUUGCUCCUCCUCCAUCUUAAGAAAUGCAUGACCUGUGUAUUGACCCUACAGAAUCUAAGACCCUGAAAUGCACUUUGUUGCAAAAUCUAGUGGUUGUAUUCUAAUAAAAGUUUCAGUUUCAAUUAAAAGUUUUGUUACAUAUCAACAAGACAACAA